AUGCCUAACUGGAAAACCUACGAAUCCUCGGUCCGCCUCCUCUCAGCCAUAGUAGCCGCUCAUCCCGGAUUGAAGCUCAACUAUGACGAAGUUUCUCGAUUCUAUGGUGGGGGUACCAAGUACAAGGCCGUCUGGGAUCGAAUGACCCUGAUCACCAAGACUGCCAAGCUUCUCAAAGCUGCUGUGGAUAAUGGCCAGGAUCCCAUCAACGUUGAAGUUGCUGACAUCUCGGCCAGGUAUGGGGGUGAUUGUACCAACUCGGCUAUUGAGAACAGAAUGCGCAGAGUCAAGACCGACGCUAAGAGGAUCAAUAAUGCACUUACCCAAGGCAUUGAUCCCAUCACACUGAUAAUUGAAGGCCACCAAGGCGAAGUCGCUGCCAGAGGAAAAGGUCGUGGUCAAGCAGUUUUCAUUACAUUCUUUCAGCACCAACAUAUUGCACACAAAUCCCCCACGCGCUUGCCGUUGCAUAUCAGAGACAUCCAUGCCAUCCUCCAGGUUGGUGGAGACCCUGGAGAAGUCAUCCUGAGAGAUCUUGACUUUGUCCUUCGUACUACAAAUUUGCCUUUAUUUCCGAUAAUUGGCUUUUUGCGAGGUGCAGCACUUGAAGUCAUAUUAAUGUCUCGAGUAGAAAUAGCACGAUGGUUUGGUUCAGAUGCUUCACCUAAAGCUGUAUCAAACGUCGUCGGUCAGGUCAUUCGGCCAUACAUCCAGAAGGUUGCUAGUGUUAUCAAAUCUGGUGGCGACCCAAAAGAUGUCCCUUGUUCAGAGUUCACUUGGGUGAAACCCCGCAAGGGUACCAAUGGUCUGGCAACUUGA